AUGAUGCCAUUAAUUCCAUUCACUGCAACAGCAGAAACAUCAACGGCAAGUACAGCGACCACUACUGGAGUACCGAGUUCUACAUCAACUGCUGCAUCCACCAGUACAGCUGAAUCAACAACUACAAGCAAUUCCACUACAACCCCUGCAGCUGAAUCCACGACAACCGAAACAACACAAGGACCUACAACUACUGAAACAUCAACUGCAAGUACAGAGACAACCACUGCACUGGCAACCUCUUCAGAAACUCUUGCAUCAACUACCACACCCGGUGCAACAAGCACCUUGACUUCCACUCCAGCAUCGACAAGCAUCUCAACAUCACCGCUCACGAAGAGUGUCACUCUCGAAACCUCAACCAGUGCAGAGACCACGACUGAAACAGUGACUACAACAUCAACUCCAGAACCAACAG